AUGAGCAGCUUCCAAUUAGGUUCUUGGUGGAAGCAAGAACAUACUAAUGCCUUCCUAGACCUCAAAACAGCCAUCACAUCAAGACCACCUAGUCACUAUUUCUCUUUCACACCAGUGUUACAAGCACCAAAGUAUGAUGGAUCACAUUUUGUUAUCACGACAGACGGAUGCGCAGAAGGCUUUGUGGCAGUCCUGUUGCAGAGAAUCAAAACUCAAACACCAGCAGGAAAGUGGGUAGAACGUCUACAU